ACUUCGAUCUGUAAGUUCUGUAAUUCAGUCCUAGUUUCUCUCUUCCUCCGCUUCUCCAAGUUUUCUUGAAGAUGGUCACUGAAGACCAGAAGAGGUAUUGUCUGUUAAUGGCAGCAAGGGACUCUGAAUAUGUGAAGAAAGUGUAUGGGGGAUACGUUAAUGUAUUUCUUAAAGCAUUUGCAGAAGGAGAACAAUGGGACUUGUUUAGGGUUGUUGAUGGAGAGUUCCCUGACAUGGAUGAGCUCCACAAAUACCAUGGUUUUGUCAUCAGUGGUAGCCCUUAUGAUGCUUAUGGAAAUGAAAUGUGGAUCUUGAAACUUUGCUUUCUUUUGCAAACACUUGAUGCCAUGGAAAAGAAGGUGCUUGGCAUAUGCUUUGGGCACCAGGUGUUGUGCAGAGCAUUGGGUGGUAAGGUUGGGAAAGCUCACUGUGGAUGGGAUCUUGGUUUGAGGAAAAUCAGAAUUGUGGAAGACUUGCCCUUGUGUAGCCUCUUUGGUGUCCUUGAAGAAAUCCCACCUUCACUUACCAUCAUUGAGUGUCAUCAAGAUGAGGUAUGGGAGGUACCUUUGGGAGCUGAGGUUAUUGCCUUCUCAGAGCAGACUGGAGUGGAGAUGUUUGUAAUUGGAGACCAUAUAUUAGGCAUUCAAGGCCACCCUGAAUAUACCAAAGACAUCUUAUCUAAUAUCAUUGAUCGCCUUGCUCUCAACGACUCUGUAGAUAAAGAAUUUGCUGAGAAUGCGAAAUCAAGACUGGAGAUUAAUGGAGAACCAGAUAGGAAUUCUUUGGAGAAGAUUUGCAAGAACUUUCUUAAGGAGGAGGGGAGCGGUAUAAUUAGUCCUCCUCACUGGCCUACUACACAUAAAUAA